GGGCCGUUCAAGUGUGGUAGUCCCAAAGGUAACCGCCAGCAAUGGGGAAGGACAGAAAAACGGAGCGGGUGUCCGGCAGGACUCGGUCACCUCUCGGACCAAUCGCCCGGUCAUGGCUGGUUUUCUACAACGCUGCCAAUGCAAUCGGGUGGUCAUACGUGUUGUUCCUUUUCGUCCGCCAUCUUCUACACACCCUUCCUUCCCCCACCUGGUACGAGGGUGUGUAUGGGGCCGUCAAGGAUCCACUGAAGGCAUUUCUUCCACUAAGCUUUAUCUUUGAAGUUCUGCAUGCGGCUACAGGACUCGUCCCGUCCGGCGUCGUUCCCACCGCCCUGCAGAUGUUUGCUAGGGUUUUUAUAGUGUGGGGCGUGGCUCAUCUCGUUCCCAAGGUGCAGACGACCUUGUACAUCUCUCUGGUGGUCUUGCCAUGGUGUCUGUGUGAGGUGACCAGGUAUCCCUACUACGUCACAAAUGUCCUGGGGGUCAAGUCAGACGUGCUGCUCUGGUGCAGGUACACAUUCUUCAUAGUGCUGUAUCCACUGGGUGCAUUCGGUGAGGUGCUGACCAUGUACGCAGCUUUGGGCCCCAUCAAAGAGGGCGAUCUUCACCUUGCAGGGAUUCCAUCAAGCCUCCAGGGGGCGUUCCAGUUUUACUACUACGUCAUUGUAGUAUUUCUACUGGGCUGGGCGCCAUGCUGGUGGCCGAUAUACAAGCACAUGUUCCGACAGAGGGAGAAAGCGUUGGGCAGUCCCAGAACGAAGGAGGAAUAAACUAGAACAAAUUAAAGCAAAUCGACGUGCCAAGAAAAUUUGUCGUUUUCAUCAACUUAGAAAUGACAUUGAUUCUGAUUCAUCUGUAGUGAAUGAUUUUCAAAUUGGUUGAUUGCAGUUUGAUAUUUGCUUGUAUGAUUGUUUGCAAGUUUGACUUCAGAAAUAUGAUACAAAUGUCCUGAGA